AUGUAUACACAGCAGGUACAAACUCGGUUCCCGUCUUGUCGUUUCCCCAAUCUCCCUUUUCUUCUUCUUUUCUUCUUCUCACUAUUAACUUUACUCUCUGUAUCUACACGCAUCCCAGGAGCAGCAGCAGGAGCUCCAUCACCGCCCCCAACCGCAGAGGAACGUAUUGACAACUACCGCCGCCGCGUGGGUCGUGCCUUCAUGCAGGAACAAUCACGCAAAGCGAACACCAUCACACUUCCCUCUGGACUCGUGGUGGAGCGUCUCACUGUUGGCACCGGCACUCGCGCCCCUGCGAUAAAUGAUAACUGCGAAGUGCACUACACCGGCACUCUGCGUGAUGGAUCCGUGUUUGACAGUUCACGUGAUCGGGGCACACCCAGUAAUUUUCGCCCAAGUGAUGUUAUUAAGGGAUGGACGGAGGCUCUUAUGUUAAUGCGAGAAGGCGAUCGCUGGCGUAUUUACGUUCCGCAUGAACUUGGGUAUGGUGCUAGAGGCGCUGGGAGAAAGAUACCGCCCUACACACCGCUGGUGUUUGAUAUGGAGUUGUUGAAGAUUGAGGGCGGCGGGACUGGGCGUACAGUGGCGGAGAUUGAUGCCGUCCUGCAAGCCGCAACGGAGGAUAAGGGAGAUAUGUAA